CUUUGAUUUGUCUGUUUCAAAUGAGGUUUAAAUUUGAAUAACCUAGAAACAACUGAUGACAACCAAAAUUUGUGAAUAUUUUAGUAACAAGAACAGGCACACGUACAAAUUAUUUUCGCCCAGCCAACGAAAUUGUUAGAUUCAAUUGUGUAUAUUUUUAUGUGAACAACUAGAGGGCAUUGCGAUGGAGACUUUGCCGGAAGAGUAUGUAGCCCAUCGGGAUCAGGAGCUGUUGGGGUGCAAAGUGGGCCGUUCCUCUCGACGUCGGCAUGACCAUGAUGCCAUGGCCGCUGCCCAUGUGGUGCUGACCACCGCUGUGGUAAAACCAAAGCCAACAAAGCCGGAGUCCAAAAAGCUGCGCAAAAAGCUAUCCGAAUGCGAGCAGGAGAAGCAGUCACUGGCCCAGGCCAUUCAUGAGAAGAAUCAGGAGAUAUCCGACCUGAAGAAAUCGGUUGAUUCGCUCAACGAGGUGCUCAACUCCGUGCCCAUUGAUGAGCUGCGCUGCAACUCCUCCAUUGCCAGCACCAAAAUCCUGGAACUGAGCAAGAAGAACCGCCAGAUGCGUUCCGAAUUGGAGCAGGCAAAGAGUCGGCUGGGUAAAAAGGAUGCUCAGAUCGAGAAGCUGGAGAAGGAGCUGCGUGCGCACGAGGAGAAGCUGCAGCAUAAUCAGGAUCUGCCAAAAAAGGGCUGCUCCCCCGAUGAGCUCCAAGCCAAGAUCAACAGUAUGCAGCAGAAGCUCUUCGAAACGCGAAACAGGAACACCGAGCUACAAAGCCAACUGAAACUGGCCCAAAAGUGCCUGCAGCACGAGAUCGGUGAGAGCUGCAACAUCAACAUCCUGGCCAACAAUCUUAAUCAGGCCAAUUGGCGCGGUCGUGCUCAGCAGAUCAUCGCGCUCAACCAGAAAGUGCACGAGCUCAAGGCUCGCUUGGAUUUCUACGAGGACCGAGCCGUAGAUCGAGCCGAAUAUGCUGCCCCAGUGCCGUUGGGUUCGGAUCUGGAGUUGGUAACCGGCAGCUGUCGAUCACAUCAUGCCAGCUCUGAGAGAUUAGGUGGAGGCGAUGGCGGCGGAGCCACAACGGCCAGCUUCGAUCGCUUUACACCGGGUGUGCGUAAAAGUGAGAUUCUUCAUCGAGCCAAGGUGGAGGCUCUGGAAAAGGAGAUUCUUAGCCUGCAAAACCAACUGGAGGAUCAACGCAGCAAGACACUCGCCCUAAAGGUGAGGAACAAGAAUCUGAACGAGGAGAUGAACAAGUACAAGAUUCUAUACAAUGAGCUGGAGGAGCAGACCGACUUCAAUGGCACCAAUAUCAAUACCAUGAAUGACAAACUGAACCAGCAGAGGAUUCAGUACGAGAACCGUUUGGACGACAUGCGCGGCGAGCUGGUCCGGGUGACCGAGGAGCGAGAUCUUUCGCGCCGGCAAAUGGAAGAGCUGAGCGGUAUGCAUCUGGAGCUGCAGACGGUGGUCAAGCAGAAGGAUGUGGCCAUGGCCAGUCUGCAGGAUAUGAUCAAGAAGCUGGAAAUGGACCUGCGCGCCCUAUCCGGCGGAUUCCUCUUCUCCUGCCGCGAGUUUCGAAAGGAGGAAUUUGUGGGCAUCCUGGAUGCUCUAGAGGUGGAGAAAAAUCAGCUUAUGUUGCUCACCAAAACUCUAGGAGAUCGUCUGGAGACGGAGAGAGCCAAGAACGAAGCAGCUCAGGAGCAGAUUGGCAAGUUAAAGGCCCGUAUCAGCCGACUGGAGGUCAAGAUCAGGGACCUGGAGAAGGAACUCGAUGUGCAGUCCGAUAAGAAGAAACGCACCCAGCGAAUGGCCGACUACGCCAGUUCGCUGAGUCGCACUUCUCUUAACGGAUCGAUUGGUUCCUUCUGCUUCGAAAAUCAGUCCCAGUACCAGUCCACAAAUACGCUGAAUUCGGCAGGACAGCCUGAGCCCAGAAUAGAGGAUCUAAAGAAUAAUCUUGAACUGGCCAAGGAAAAAAUCACAAUGCUGACAGAGAAGCUGGAGUAUAUCACCGAGGAGAAGAACGCAGAUGCCAAAUUUUUCGAGGACACCAUCAACAGUACGAAGACCAUUAUCCUUGAAACUGUACUUGGAGCUCGCGAAAAGGGAUUGAGCGAUCGUAGCAAAAAUGCAGAUAAAAGCACGAGCGAGACUUCCAUUCAAUAAUGAAGAUGAACAAAACCACG